CAGAGGAGCCACCAGAGUCGGACGAAUCAGAGGAGCCACCAUAGCGAGGCGUGUACCCGCCGGAGAGACUGCAGUCGCAGUAUUCCUCGUAACCGUUGUCUCCAUCGCCGGACCCGGAAUCAUCGGAUGAGGAAUCAGAACCCCGCCCACCGUCGUUCGAAUCGGAUGAGGAAUCAGAGCCCCAGCCACCGCUUGAUGAGUGAUCGUUAGAGUCGGAUGAAGAAUCAGCGCCCCGGCCACCGCUUGAUGAGUGAUCGUCGGAGUCGGACGAUCCGCUGUCGCUGCUGCCGCUGCCCCCCCACAGGUGACGACCGUGUUCGCAGUCGCACGACGCGUCACGCGAGUCGGAGGAAGAGCUACCGCCAGAGCGGAGCGCGCGGCGCUUGUAUCCGGAGGGACCACAGUUGCAACCAUCGCGGGAGUCGUCAGAUGAAUCCCUGGAAGAGGAGUCCUUGGAAGACGAGUCCUUGGAAGAUGAGUCCUUGGAAGAUGAGUCCUUGGAAGAUGAGUCCUUGGAAGAUGAGUCCUUGGAAGAUGAGUCCUUGGAAGACGAGUCCUUGGAAGACGAGUCCUUGGAAGACGAGUCCUGGGAAGACGAGUCCUUGGACCCGUCGCGCCCGGAGGAGAGGCGGCGGCGGUGCUUCGGGGUAUCGUAGGAGUCGUCAGAUGAAUCCUUGGAAGACGAGUCCUUGGAAGACGAGUCCUUGGAAGACGAGUCCUUGGAAGACGAGUCCUUGGAAGAUGAGUCCCUGGAAGAGGAGUCCUUGGAAGACGAGUCCUUGGAAGACGAGUCCUUGGACGAAGAGUCCUUGGAGGAGUCCUUGGACCCGUCGCGCCCGGAGGAGAGGCUGCGGCGGUGCUUCGGGGUAUCGUAGGAGUCGUCAGAUGAAUCCUUGGAGGAUGAGUCCUUGGAAGAGGAGUCCUUGGAAGACGAGUCCUUGGAAGACGAGUCCUUGGAAGACGAGUCCUUGGAAGACGAAUCCUUGGAAGAGGAGUCCUUGGAAGACGAAUCCUUGGAGGAGUCCUUGGACCUGUCGCGCCCCGAGGAGAGGCUGCGGCGGUGCUUCGGGGUAUCGUAGGAGUCGUCAGAGGAGUCCUUGGAAGAGGAGUCCUUGGAAGACGAGUCCUUGGAAGAGGAGUCCUUGGAAGACGAGUCCUUGGAAGACGAGUCCUUGGAAGACGAGUCCUUGGAAGAGGAGUCCUUGGAAGACGAAUCCUUGGAGGAGUCCUUGGACCUGUCGCGCCCCGAGGAGAGGCUGCGGCGGUGCUUCGGGGUAUCGUAGGAGUCGUCAGAGGAGUCUUUGGAGGAUGAGUCCUUGGAAGAGGAGUCCUUGGAAGACGAGUCCUUGGAGGAGAGGCGGCGGCGGUGCUUCAAGGUCCCACAGGAGGUGCCGUUCUUGUCCGACGAGUCUGCCGAGGAUGAGGAGUCGCCUCCGCUGUCGCUAG